AUGUUGAUGAUGGUUUGUUUGGUGCAUGUUCAUAGACUAUUGCCGCGCGAUCCACCGGUCAAUUCAGUAGUGCCAAUUCAAAUUUCCCAAUCAAGCGAGAGCGGAGAUGACGAACCUUUUCAAGUCGUGAACGAAGUGACCCGUCGCAAUAAUCCAAAACAAACGGUUCAUACUCUGUUCCAUCCGUCAAACUCCACGAGAACAACUGCGUAUCCAGUUGCCAAUUGCAUUCGUCUGCCCCUCGACUAUAUCAAGGAACCACCCGGCGAGCGCAUCGAAGCUAGGACCGUGCAAUUUGCUCAGGAACUACUAUCCACUUUCUCGGACCUUGGCGAAGUUGCACUUCAACCGUCAACUGGCGGCACUUUUGUGGUCAAUUUGUAUCACGCAUAUCCAACUGGUGACGAUGAAGCUGCUCCAUUGCAAAAGCAUCUACUAUGGGACAGAAAAGCCGAAGGGGGGUUUCCUGAGACUAAAGAAUUGAAAAGGCGCGUAAGAGAUGUGAUUGAUCCAGCCCGAAAUUUGGGUCAUGUUGAUGGUCAUAAAAAGAAACCCUCGCCAUCAGCAAUUCAAACAACGCAGCCUGAUGCCACCCAACCGCCAGCACAGAUUUCCCUCCCCGCCGCUCCAGGAUUCUCAACUAUCAAUAUCUCCGCAACCUCUGAGCCUUCGACUCCUCUUCCCCUCCCUUCCCCAAUCUCACCCCUAGAAACCCACCACAGAGCAAAGAAUACACACAUCCCAACUCUCUCCUCCCAGUCGUCAACCUCUUCCACCGCUCCUGCUCCUUCCCCAAGGAAUAAUAUAAACCAAAACAAUGCCCAUCCGCAAACUUCUACGAUGGGCAUCUUGCCCGUAACCGCGAGCAUGGGCGAGCUAGUGAUUGGCGGGCCGUCAGUAGAGAAGGAGCAGUCGGAGAGGAAGUUCACGCCUAUGGAUAUUGAUGGUAGUACAGCUAUGACCUCGACCACCACCGGGACUGGCAGUGCUGAUAGGAGAAAGAGUUUCAAGGACGGCGAAGCGAUUGGAAACACCCAUGAGGAAGAGUGUGAGGAUUGUAAGGACUUGGAUUGA